CUGGCUUGACUGCUACUUUACGAGUGGAGGCUGGCUUGACCGCGGUGUCUUGAACAACCUUCCAUUGAGGAGUUAUUUAAUUCUCAUUGCGUAAAGUGUACGCUAUGGAUUCAAACGCAGUGUUUCUGUUAGAGACAGUUAAUUUCGCCGCUGAAAAGCAUCGAAACCAGCGUCGUAAAGACGCAGAAAAAACGCCCUAUAUUAACCACCCGAUCGGAGUUGCGAGGAUUCUCAGCCAUGAAGCUGGCAUCACUGACAUCGUAGUAUUACAAGCUGCUCUGCUUCAUGACACUUUGGAGGACACAGACACGAAGCCCGAAGAACUGGAAACAAAGUUUGGACAGAUCGUUGCUGGUAUUGUUCAGGAGGUGACAGACGUUAAGAGUCUCCCCAAAGCGGAGAGAAAGCGUCUACAGGUGGAACAUGCGCCUCAUUGUAGCCACCAGGCCAAACUGGUCAAACUGGCAGACAAACUGUACAACCUCAGGGAUUUGAACCGCUGCACACCUGUUGGUUGGACGGCAGAGCGGGUCCAGCAGUAUUUUGUGUGGGCCUCUGAUGUGGUAAAAGGCCUAAAAGGUACUAACUCAGCUCUGGAGGAGAAGUUGGAGGAGUUGUUCAGACAGAGAGGAAUGCUGCUCUAACAUGGCGGGCACAUAAAGACAAACAACCAUUCAACUCGCAAGGUCACAUUCACACCUAUGGACAAUUUAAGAGUCUUCAAUUAACCUAAGAAGCAUGUUUUUGGAAUGUGGGAGGAAACAGAAGUACCCAAAGAACAUGCAAACGGAAAACACACAGGAAGGCGGAUGUGCUAACCGCUCGGGCGCCGUGCCGCCAAUUGUAUUAUCAACUCAAAUAAAUGAUACUAAAUAAAGAGGGAAGAGGUGGAAAGAGACAUUUCAUAAUGAACAAAUAUCUAAGACAAUCUGUAAGGACAGGUUGAAGGACGGGGCCAGUUUGCUUCUGAAGCACUGCUGAAGUGCCAUUGAUCAAGGACACUUCACAGCCCCCUUACUGAUAUGGCUAGCUAGAAAAGAAUGGAACAUUACCCUGGACAUCAAUAAUGGGUUGUAAUUAAUAUUGUGGAUGUAAAAAAAAGCAUAGUUUAUGUACUGCUGACAAGCCUUUAAAUUGGUGAAAAUGUACAUUUUGAUGAUGAUAUAGCUCCUUGAUACAAUACUUUUCUGAUAUGAUUGACAUAGUCAGAGACAUUGACAACUACACUGCAUUUUGACAAGGUGUGUUUGUAAUAUUUUGCUCAGCUUCUUUACCUACCAGGAGGGACACAUUUCAGGGUUGAGUUUUAUUUGACAUUACAGCCAGAAACCAAAAAUGUUGCGCUAUCUUUGCCUGGCCAAAAUGGACUAACUGAAAAUAGUAAUGUCCAUAUAUAAAAUAGGUAACAACCACACAGACACUGGUAGGGAAAAGUCCACAAAAGCAAAAGAGGUAGAGUCGUGUAGCGAAUACGCCUUAUGGAACACGUCAACGGCAACCCCCACAAGACACAGGAAAUCUGGUUUAUGUCACCUGAGCCAUAAACUGAUCAUCAGUCCUCCUUCAGCCAUUCCUACUGGUUUCUCGAACAAUUACCCUUUUUUUGCGGACUGAUUUAAUGACCAAGAAUUUGGGAAACCCUCUUUUCAAAGGUGACAGUUCGAGACAACAAUGUAUUUAUUAGUCAGACAGGCCACAAGUUGAACCGGUAACUCCCAGACCUUCGCAGGGACUCGAAUGAAGUACAAUGGACCAUCCGGGAUCAUUGGUGGGGCACGGGCGACACCCACUGGUGUUUAAGAGUCAUUACAAGCUCAUUAUCAGCACCCACAGUUUUACAGUGAUGAAUGUUUGAUUUUUUACAAACUUUGCACUAAUGCUCCCAGUGUAUAUCAUACCAAUGUCACAAAUGACUGUUUCUUGCAGGUCAGCUGGUUAAAUCUGUUGUCAACCAAAUAUGAUUGUGUUUACCUGAGACAACACGGAAAUGUUACAUAAUGGACAUCAAGUGUUCUAAGCCACCAAAUAAGGUUAAAACACUCAUUGCAUAGAUUAACCAUGGUGUGUGAGACAAUGCAAAAGCUGGGAAUUUACUUUUUAUUUUAGCUGCACUGGUUUUAGACCAGCGGCACGGUGGCCGACUGGUUGGAGCGUCAGCCUCACAGUUCUGAGGACCUGGGUUCAAUCCCCGGCCCCGACUGUGUGGAGUUUGCAUGUUCUCCCCGUGCCUGCGUGGGUUUUCUCCGGGCACUCCGGUUUCCUCCCACAUCCCAAAAACAUGCAUAAAUUGGAGACUCUAAAUUGCCCGUAGGUGUGCAUGUGAGUGCAAAUGGUUGUCUGUUUGUAUGUGCCCUGCGAUUGGCUGGCAACCAGUUCAGGGUGUACCCCGCCUCCUGCCCGAUGACAGCUGGGAUAGGCUCCAGCACGCCCGCGACCCUCGUGAGGAGAAGCGGCUCAGGAAAUGGAUGGAUGGAUGGAUGGAUGGAUGGUUUUAGACCACAGAUGUUUCUAGAAGUGAAAUUCAAUAUCAGAGGUGUGGUCUGUCCUUCCCGCUCUUGCCUUUUGGGGCAACCCCAUUUUUCUUGGUACAAAAGACCGGAGCCUUUUAUUCUCUUGCUUCUUGGUCUCCUGCGCCGCCGAAGACGCUGGCUCCCAGCCAAGAAGCCCCACUCCUCACCACUAGGUGGGGGAGGUGAGCCGAGACGGGCUAGGCCCGACCGAACCUUCCUUGCCGCGCCGACGAUCGCUGACCACAGAGUUAUUCUGCCAGCUCCCCAAACUACACGUUUGUGGAGUCCGGCAGGAAGGAUUUACGGGCGCAGGUUUUCUCUGAGCACAUGAUGAACAACGUCACCCAAGCGCUUCGGCCACUGGCUCUUUUGCUUUUUCUUUUUUUCCUUUUCCUCCUUUUUCUUCAAACCAACCUGUCGGCACCCUUGCCCAUCCAUCAAGAGGAUUGACCCGCCUGCCUAAAUUUUGUUCUAUGCAACGUGAGUACAACUUGCUGAUUACCAAGUACAAAUUGGUACAUAAUUGGGCUUAUACUAACGAUCACAGAAAUGCCGCAUCUCUCACCGCUCAUCCUCAUUCCACACUUUUUCCAUUCCACAUUCCACACGUUUGUCUGUACCGUUUUGUAGUAAAGUCCCUCUGCAUUGUUCCCCCUGUAGUUUCCCCUGUAGAUUUGUUUUCUCUAAAAUUCCACUUCCUGUUGUGCACUUUGUGUGUUUGAAUGAAACCGUAAAACCGCUGAAAUCUAGAACUGUUGUUCUAGAUUUCGGCUGUUAGGUCAAGCAGAAUGGAGGAUCUGUAUCCUUUUAAUGUUGGAACAGUUUUACUGUGUCACAGUGGAGUUUUUAAGCUGCUGCUGUGCUUUCUUAGUAUUAUAAUGGCUAUUUAUUGAGAAUCAGAGUCGAUCAGUCCAACAGAACAAAGUUUCUAGAGGGGAGUGAGAAAAGAAGACAAAAGACAAAGUACUAACUGUAAACAAGAUGAGAAAAGUAAAUCCUUAUAUAUCUAGAACAAUGGCACAUUAGAUAUGAGUGUUGUAUGGGGCAUUAGUGCUACACCCUGUGAGGGAAGGACAGGACAAGAUAGAACAGGACAAGGACAAGAAGAAAGAAACACGCAGGACAAGGGUCGUGAAAACGGGUGUACAACUGAAGUGGGGUGGGAUUGACUAUGUAAAUUAUAAAAGUCUACAGGACGAGAGUAUGAGUGAGGGGAUACACAAGCAAUUCGCAUAUUCAUGAGUUAUUUGUUGCAAGAAGUGAGUGGCCCCACACCCAGUGAAAAAGUCCCAGGGUUGUGUGCCUGCCAGGUACUGCUGCCUAACACUAAAAAACCCAGGGUUUUCUUACUCCUGCUGCAAUUCCUAGAGGACAGCACAAAGGCUCUGUGUUUUAAACGAACAACUCAACGGCCUACAAUUAGCCACCUUUCUUUUGUAAAUGCAGCCAUUUUUACCAGAUUAGCUAGCGGUACACAGACGUGACACGCGUUAAGUGCUUGACUGAUUGUCUAACAGGGACAUCGGAAUGUGGUCGACCACAAGAAUACUCAGCUUGAAAAACAAGUUUUGGUCAACACCACCUUGUGUGAUGUUGAAAAUAGCAUAGGCAAGUUGAUGAUUAUUUUUCACAAAAUAAUGGCGAAACAGUCAACAGGCCUCCCUCCUAUUUCUGCCAUUGACAUUUUGAUUUUUCAAUAUGGUUUUAUUUCAUUUAUUUUGAAGUGUUUUAUUGCGGUGUCCUGGUACACUUUUUAAAUUUUUCUUGAUAGCACUACUUUCAUGUACAUGUUAUAUAUACAUACUUUUUUUUUGUAACCAUGCAGCGCUUUGUGCGACUGUGGACAUUGUAAAUGUGCUAUAUAAAUAAACACAGAAAAUCCUGGUAAAAAAAAUAGAAAAAAAUGUAAAAGCAGGCCUACUGAGUGUGGUAUGGAAGAAGGGUCGGUGUCGGCGUGAACGAUGACUGAACAAUAGACCCGAGAUGGAUAAAUAGCUCGCUCGCGGCACAUACUAGUUCACUUACUCAGUCAACUAGGAAACGAAGAUGCAGAAAGUCUACAGCACUCAGCAGGCUUUGGAUUUGAUCCCGAACCAAGUCAACCCCUUGUGACUGAUGGAGAAGACAUUGCCCUUGAGCUGAGUCCAGACUCAGAAUUUUUUUCUGUUAAGAUUUCCUAAACAUCCUAUUUUCAUUUGCUGAUUAUGGCAGUUGUGUUUUAGGAAAAGACGAAAAGAAUGCAAAAUCAAAACCAAGGAAGCAUACGUGAUGUUUUGGAAUUAUAAUUCAAAUGAUAUCUUUGCGUGGAUUUCUAACCUUGAUUGAGGUUUUUAUAGCUCACAUCAUAUUUCAUUGCCCACAUCUAAAAAAUAUGAUCACC